UAUAUAACAAAUAAUUUGAGGAAGAUGUCCGCCUUCUCAGAGGUAAACUAUGUUGACCUUCCUGCUGUAUUUGCCCUCUCUGCUAGACAUGACGCUGAUCCUCAUCCUGAAAAGGUGAAGCUGACUGUAGGAGCAUACCGUAAUGAAGCUGGGAAACCUUGGGUCCUUCCUGUUGUUAAAAAGGCAGAAAGCAUGCUAGCUGCAGACGAGACAUUGAACAAGGAGUACCUCAGUAUGGGUGGACUGCAGUCAUUUACUGAUGCAGCUACACGACUAGUGCUUGGCGAGAAUAGUAGGUUAGUUAACGAAGACAGAGCUGUAGCACUUCAGACCUUAUCCGGAACAGGAGCUCUUCAUGUGGCCUUCCAGUUUAUCAGCCAAUUUUAUCCGGGUUGUAAAGAUAUACUGGUCAGUAAUCCCAGUUGGGGCAAUCACAAACUCAUGAUCGACAGAUUACCUGGAGUCAACUUUGUGCAGUACGCUUACUACGAUCCAGAGACUAUGGGGUUUGACUUGGAGGGUAUGUGCAGAGACUUGGAGGCUGCUCAGGACGGUAGUGUGGUGGUGCUUCACGCGUGUGCUCACAAUCCUACCGGGAUCGAUCCGACGAUGGAGCAAUGGCUGAAGAUUGCUGAAGUUUGCAAGAAGAAGAGUCAUUUUCCUCUCUUUGACUUGGCUUAUCUAGGAUACGCAUCAGGAAGUUUCGAUCAGGAUGCUGCUAGCAUCCGCUUAUUUGCCGAUCUCGGGUUCGAGUUCAUAGUGUGUCAGAGUUUCGCGAAGAUCAUGGGUUUGUACUGUGAGCGGAUAGGAUGUAUGAUAUUUGCGGGCCAAACUGCGGAGAUUUCUCAUAAGUGCCUGUCCCAGAUGAAAAUAAUUGUGAGGUCGAUCUACUCUAACCCGCCUGCACACGGGGCUCGUAUUGCUAGCAUGUGUCUGAACAACAGGGACAUGAGGGCUGAGUGGGAGGAUUGUGUUAAGGAAAUGCACGCCAGGAUAAGAAGAUCCAGAUCCUAUCUACACACUGCUCUGAAAACAGCAAACGCUCCUGGAUCAUGGGACCACAUUCUCGCUCAGAACGGAAUGUUCUCCUACACUGGUUUAACUAAAGCGCAGUGCGAGUUGCUGAUAGAGAAACACCAUGUAUACCUCCUGAAGUCAGGGCGAAUCAGCAUGUGUGGAAUUACCCAGGAGAAUGCCAAAUAUGUGGCUAAUGCAAUUCACGACGCCAUUCUUAACGCCAAAGAAAACUAGGGAGCUGAUGAUUUUGAAAAAAAAGAUUUUUAAUCAAUGCCUGAACUUUUCUUUUAAGUUUCUUGAGUUUUCAACCAACGUUUAAAAUUAGGAUACAAUUCAUUUUCUUAGAAUUAUCACCAAUUACCAUACAAUCAUACUGAUGUAUUCUUGUUUAAUUUAUUAUAUCACAACUAAAUUUUUUCCAAUCCCUACAUUGGAUUUGCGGUUCCGGUAGGGUCGGUAAUGUUAUAUACAUGUAUUGUUAUUGUUGCAUAUUAUCUGCUACUAGAGAAAGUUGCACAUAAAUAUAAUUUCGAUGCUGGUAAUUGAUUUGAUGUUGAGUGUAUUUUGUAAAAGUUUUGAUAGUGUUCGAGUGUUUUAAGUGUAAAA